AUGGAACAAGGGAGUUCUGAGGGUGACCCCGCUCCUACGCUUCGUGGUUUGAGCGAGAAAAGCUUCACCACCUUGAAUCAAGCCAUAGCUCACACUACGGAUACUACCGCCGAUGAUUUGAGAAUCACUUUGGAAGAUGAACGAGGCCGGCUCAGAGUAUGGGCAUCGAAUCUGGGUGCUCUGCAACAGGAAACCUCUCGAAAAUCCCUUGAUUAUCGUUUGAGAGAUGCUCCUUUGAUGCGAACAACUGUUGCCUUGGGAUUGGAAGACUUGCAUUCUUCAACCGACAGAGCACUAGCUAUUCUCAACGGUAGUCUUCCUAAUCGAUCAGCUUCUCUACCAUCGGAAGGUCUUGACACUGGCAGAACUCAGACUAUCAAUGAACUCGAUGAGCUCAUAGCUGGCAUUCAUUCAGCCAUUAAUCAUCUAUUCGGAAUAUCGAUUCUGAUUCGGAGGCAGAAGCCCAGAGGAAGGUUUCUUGACCUCGAUGAUUUCACCUUGGAAAGCUCACAAGACAUCACAUAUGUGGCUGAUAGGUUCCCCAAGGUAAAGUCAAAUCUUUGGCUGGCAAGGCGUCUGGGGAACAACAUAAGUAAACAACGCAAGAUCAUUCAAUAUCGACAAGAGCAUCGUGCAAGUCUCGCAAAGGAGUAUGUUGAACAAUCUGGUGAUACAGCCACUGUCGUUGCCACUACCUAUCAAGAAAAAGACCACUCUGAAGCAUCACACGAGGUAUCAAAAGGGAUAUCUAGUAGUGGUAUCUCGGCAUUCACGACGGCCACAUCAUUUCAGAGUCUUACGGAUGGGGAAGAUACAGGACGCUCGAUUCCUGAUCUGCCAGACAUGACUCUUGAUGGGGUGCAGCUUCAAUACGGGGAACCUUUCGAGUGUCCCUACUGUCGGACCAUACAGGUAGUGACCAACCGGUAUCAGUGGAAGAGACAUGUUUUCACCGAUCUUCAACCAUAUAUGUGUACAAUCAGAAACUGUAAAGAUGGCAACAAGUCAUUCUCGACCCGAGGCGAGUGGUUCGAGCAUGAAUCUAACGUCCAUCGGUGGCAGUGGGAUUGCAGCUGGUGCAGCUCCGCUAAUAGCACGUUUCCCAGUUCUGAAGAAUUCAAACAACAUCUAAACAAGUCUCACCCAGGAAUGGCGACAGAAGCACAAAUGCCCCUGAUUAUCGAAGCAUGUGAGCGCCCUAUUAAGACCUUUAAGUCAGGUAGUUGUCCACUCUGCGAAGACUGGAACCCUACACUUAUAAGCAACAAUGGAAAAGGCUUCAGUCGUCAUCUUGCCAGGCACCUACAGCAGCUUUCGCUUGCGUCGUUACCAAUUUCAAUUCCUGGUUUGGAGAUCAGAAGCAGUGAUGACACGUCCGAUGUUGGAGAUGGAUCAAGUAACGGGUCUGGGGAUCGAGAGUCUAUAAAGCACGAUCAGGAUAAUCUGUCCCCUCAGAAUGAGGCGUCACUGGUUUGGGCGGCAGAGAAAGGGCUUGAAGAUGCUGUCAUGUCCCUACUCGAGAGUGGUGCUGACGUGAACAAAAGAAAUUCUGCUGGCAGGACACCACUUUACUUGGCAGCUAAGAACCGCCAUGAGGGAAUCGUACGGCUGUUGCUUGAUCAUGGUGCCAAUGAUAUAUCAAUCCGACCGCGGGAAAAAAUGAUAGAACCAAGCGAGGAGCAGAUACCACAGGACAAUUUAACAAUGGACGAGAUUAUUCGAUUGAAAAUUGAACAAGAGAGGAAGAAGGCUGAAACCGCAGCGGUAGCUGAGGAAAAUGCAAGGAAGGAAGCACAGGAGCUUAAAGCAAAGAUCGAAGAGGAAGCGAAGGGUAAGCUCGAAGAAUUAAAGAGAAUGGCGGAUCAGGACCCAAUCCGAUUCAAAGAUGCAGUCGGUCGCAAAUUCAAUUUCCCGUUCCAUCUUUGCGCGGCCUGGCAGGGUAUGGAGGAACUUAUUAAGCAAGCAUUUAUGCAGGUUGAUGUGCUUGGACCUCAUGUCAUGGAGGGUCAUUAUGACCUUAUUGGACCUGAUGGUGAGAUUAUACUGCCAUCAGUCUGGGAAAAGUAUUCAGAGAUAACACAGACGACCAUUAGCAUAAUCCACAAGUUACUAAACAUGGCUACAGUAACAAGUCUUACAUACGGAGAGGGCCACGAUAUGGUGGAUUUCACUAAACGUCGCAACAUUGUAAGCAUAUUUGAGAAUGCCAUCAACAAGGGCGAGGCGCUCCAUGUUACGAAUGCCACAUUCGACAACACCGACCCCGCACCAGGUCGACCAAAGAAAACCAUCAUCAAGUACCUGACCGAGUCGAGAGGCAAAGAGAAAUGUCGCCUGAUCAAGGAGGGUGACCAUGUCCAUUUCGGAUACGACAUCAGAAAGAUCACCUACGGCAGGCGCGAAGACCCGACAGACUACACUGGCAAGAAGAAAGUCUAUGCUGCUUUCAUGAGUGCCUUGGAGCACCAAGAAAGCAUCAUUAUCAACAAUGACCUCUUUGGCAAAGAUCCCAACCCAGGUGUGGCCAAGUUCUUCACUAUUGAGUACAAAGUUGCUUACGAUCACUUCAACACCGAGAUUGGAAGUGAUUCAGGUACUUACAAGAGACGAGCUGUCUACGAGGGUGGAAGGGUUGACUUUCUGUGGGAGAUCCUUCGUAUUGAGUAUUGUGCGACAGAGAAGAACGACUUCUGGUGGGGUCGACAUGUCAACCAGGCCACAACAAUCAAUGAUCUUGAAGUUUUCCGGAAGUUCUAUGAACAAUGGUUGCCCAAGAAGAACCUCUAUAUUUGCAAUGACCUCAUGGGUCCGGAUCCGUAUCCUGGCAAAGCAAAGCGUGCUCGCAUGCUAGCACGAUACCCUGAAGACCGAGGCUAUACCUAUUGUUGGAUGACGGGUGAUGAAGGGGAGAAUAUGAGUUGGACUACUCCUGAGCAAUUCAACCGUGAUACCUCCAACUGGAUGGAGUUCGUUGGGCUGUUCGAAGGCCCGUGA